GAGAGAGAGAGAGAGAGAGAGAGAGAGAGAGAUAUUCCACAGACUGUCGCCAGCUGCUGUAAACACUUCAGCUCCGGACAGGAGGACACACAAACACACACUCACUGGUAUGGCUCAACCAGAUCAUCAUCAUCACCACCAACAUCAUCAUCUUCAUCAUCAUCACCACCAACAUCAUCACCAUCGUUGUCACAGCUCAGCUCUCUCUGCUGCAGAACAAGCCGGAGCCUGCAGCUCAGCACGAUCCAAACCAUAGGAAGAGAAGGAGCGAGAGAACAGAGGAGGAGGGGGGCGGCGUAGCCGAGAGGCCGCUGCAGAGGGGCUCCAGCAUUACAGAGGGCUUCGCAGGACUGAGUGAGGGAACUCCAGGCGAAGCGAGAAAGCGAGAGGGCGAGAGAGGGCUGCGAUGGCCACCGGAGAAAUCACCACUCUGCCCUCGGCCCCGGCGGACGGAGGCAGCAGCGGCUUUCCUCCGGGAAACUUCAAGGAACCCAAACGGCUCUACUGCAAGAACGGCGGCUACUUCCUGCGGAUCCACCCGGACGGGAGGGUGGACGGGAUCCGGGAGAAAAACGACCCAAACAUCCGGCUGCAGCUCCAGGCCACGUCGGUAGGAGAGGUGGUCAUCAAAGGCUUGUCUGCGAACCGCUACUUGGCCAUGAGCUCUGACGGGAGGCUAUAUGGAGCGAGACGACCGACUGAAGAAUGUCAUUUCCUGGAGCGUUUGGAGGCGAACAACUACAACACCUACAGAUCACGGAAAUAUCCAGAUUGGUACGUGGCCCUGAAGAGGACGGGGCAGUAUAAGAGUGGAUCUAAAACCGGACCUGGCCAAAAGGCUAUCCUCUUUCUCCCCAUGUCUGCCAAGGGCUGAACUUCUUCUGUGUGAGUUUUCACCACCAGUUGAAGGUGAAACGUUCUUCAGAGAUGUGAAAAGCAAUGUGGAUAACCAAAUAGAGUGACAUAAUAAUAUAAAAUUAAUCUUUUUUAACCAGCAAUCAAACAAUAAAAUGCUACAGAUUCCACAGAUCAGCCGUGAUUAUAAACACUGAAAACUAAUCUUCUUUCACAAGCUUGUAGAAGGAUCUAUUGUUCUAAAGGCUGUGCUGGGCUGUCAUUCCAGUUUGACCCUGCACCAAAGUUAUAGGAAAGGGUUUUGUAAGUCGGAAUUGCUCUUCAUUGUCUUUUAGUUGGGGUCCACACUUUGAUAGAAUGUCACAACUACAUAAUGUGAGUUUAAAUUAUGCUGCUUCUGAGACUUCCAUAUGUCUUCUAUUAUAACCUUGCAUUGCGUCUAGUUGAUUUUAACAAAAGGGAUUUUGUGGGAGGAAAAAAAAAACACUAUGGAUUGUUAAUUUUAUGUAGUUUCUAUUACAUUUAUGACAAUAUAUUACUUGCAACUUUU